AUGGCUCCUUUCCACUGCUGGGUUUUCUUCCCUUGCUGUCUGAUGUAUCCCAUCGCAAUGCUGGGAAAUGGCACCAUCCUGCUUGUUGUGAGAGCAAAUAGAAGGCUCCACCAGCCCGUGUACUACUCACUGAUGCUGGCCACCACUGACCUGGGCCUGACUCUGUCCACCUUGCCCACGGUGCUGCGUGUCUUUUGGUUCGGCACCGGAGAGAUCAGCUUCCCAGUCUGCCUCACCCAGAUGUUCUCCAUCCAUGCCUUCUCCUUCACGGAGUCCUCGGUGCUUCUGGCCACAGCCAUGGCCAUCUGCUGCCCGCUGAGAUACUCCUCCAUCCUCACCAGUGGCAGGAUUGCAAAGACUGGGCUGGGGAUGGUCUGCGGCUCUCUCACAUGGCUCCCACUUAUCUGCCUGCUCAUGCAAUUGCCGUUCUGCAGCUCCCACGUGCUGUCCCACUCUUUCUGCCUGCACCAGGACGUGAUGAACCUGGCCUGUGCCAAUACCACCCCCAGCAUGGUCUACAGCCUCACCGCCAUCCUGCUGGUCAUCUGUGGCGGGACCAUCCUCAUCUGCCUCUCCUACAUCCUGAUCCUCAAGGCUGUCUUGCGGUUGGCAUCAUGGAAGGAAAGGCUCAAGGUGUUUAGCACCUGCAUUGCCCAUAUCUGCGUGGUCCUGGCCUUCUACGUGCCCCUGAUUGGGCUCUCCGUGGUGCACAGGUUUGGGAAGGGCCUGGCUCCACUGGUCCAUAUCAUCAUGGGGAACAUCUAUGCCCUGGUGCCUGCUGUGCUCAACCUCAUCAUCUACGGGAUAAGGACCAAGCAGAUACAGAGGAGGAUCCUGAUUUCAAUUAAAAUUUCCAAUGACAGAACUGCCCAUUGA